AUGUCGGAUAUUGAUCAAGAUGAGGAAUUCACUACAGAACUUCCUGUUAUUUGGCAAUUUGUACAUCCCGAAUACGUGCGUGGGGAUGCCAGUGGCAAUCACAGCGCUGCCGGUACAGAAGACAGUGCCGAUGAUGAUGAUGAUGAAGAAGAAGAGGAUGAAGUGAUCCGCAAGAAGAAUGCCCCAAAGAUAAGUAAACUCUUACGUUAUCUUAAUGAUAUAGAAGAUGAGGAGGAACUGGAGCGGAUACUGCAGGAACGAGAUCCGGUAACGCAACAAACCCUUUUACAAUGGGCCACACGUCAACAACACUUUCUCCUUGCGGAGUAUUUGGUAAAACGUGCGAAACGUGCGGCCUUUGGUUUUGCCGUUGAAUCUACAGAUAUGGUGAUUUAUUCCAAAUGGGAGGAGAUGCGGCCGGAGUUACCAACACCAGCGGAAUUGCAGGCUCGUCAACAACGGCGAGAUCAGAAACGUGCGGCCCGUCUUGCAGAGAAACAACAACAACGCAUGCAGGCAUAUGCCCAACGCCAUGGAGGUGAUCCAAAUGAUAUGGAUAAUGAGGAUGGCCCAAAUACAGGAGAUGAUCAUGAAGAUGAGGAGGAAGAGAAUGAAGAAGAUGAAGAAGAAGAAGAUGAGGAGAAUGAGCCAUUACCAGAGGAACUUGUGUUUGAGGCUCUUUCAGAAUAUCAAGAUGAUUUGGGUGAUGCUGGUGUGGGUGUUGUGAAGCGUGUGGGUGAACUUGGUGUUUAUGAAGGUGGAAGACGCAAACGUGAUGGGGCCAAACACGGUGUUGGUCAUGCUCUUUUCCCUAAUGGUGAUGCCUAUACAGGAGAAUAUGCGGGAAAUAUGCGGCAUGGACUUGGAUUAUAUUGGUGGGCUCAACAAGGUGUAUUAUAUACAGGUCGUUGGCAUAAUGGGAUGCGGCAUGGAAAUGGACGCAUUACAUAUCCAGAUGGUUCUCAUUAUCGUGGGGCAUGGGUACGAGAUGAGAAACAUGGAAAUGGACGAUAUAUGUAUGCAGAUGGAAGUAGUUAUGAUGGGGCUUGGGCACAUAAUAUGAAACAUGGAUAUGGUGUCUAUCGUUUCACAGAUGGUUCUUCCUUUCAUGGCAGUUUUGUAGAAAAUGCAUUUGUUUCUGGAGAAUGGCGAUUGGCAUCUGGUAUUACUCGAUAUAUUGGAAACUUUGAAAAAGAUGUUCCUGUUGGAGCUGGUGUAUUUCUCCAUCGAUUGGGACCCACACAACAUGGGGCUUUUCAACAAGAGGGAUAUUAUCAUAAAGGAGAAUGGCAUCCUGGUGUUUUGCAUGGCACCACUCGUGUUCCUCCACGUUUGGAAGUGUUUGCCCCUCAACAACAGAAAAGACCAGAAUCCUCAACAGAACAACAGCAACAGCAACAACAAUCAUCGAAAAAGAAGAAGGAAAAGGAAAAGAGUAAUAAAGAUAAAGAAAUAAUGGUGGAUGCACCAAGACGAGUACCAGUCACAUUUGCUCGAGAGUGUAAUGGUGGUACGAUGGCAGAUCUCGUCAAGGCAGUGAAUUUCCCACCUGUGCAGCGAUGGAUGAAAUCACUUAUAUCUAUAUAUGAUAAUCCCACAUUGGGAGUGAUUCUACAAUCUAUGGAAGUCUGUUCUAUUAAGUAUGAUCCAGAGGAUGAAAGUCUCGUCACGGAGGUUCGAUUACGACCUGUAUUACAUGAUGCUACUGGAAAACGACUUCGAUUAUCUGUAACAGGAGAUGAAACCAUUAUAUUAAAGGAACGUACCACACGUUUAUUAUUAAUGGUGGAAAAACCUGGAAAAGAUGAGAAGGAACGUUCACCUAUGGUUAUUCUAGAACGAUCUGUACAACUUGCCUCUCCUGGAGAACAUCAUAUGCAACUUCGUCUACCUAUGAUCCAAGUAUCUAUGGAUGGAGAAAUAACAGGCGCCUUUGCACGUGCUGUACAGGCACCUCUUCGUAUUACACUCAAUCUACAUACAACGAAACAAUUACUUCGUCCAUUAUGCAGUAAUCCACUACUUGGGGAUUCGGAAGAGGAUGUGAUGAUGUAUGUACAGCAGUGGCACCCAGAGGCCUAUGAAACCCUUAAAGAGAAACUGGAAGUGGCAUCUACAGUUCCACCCAAAACAACAACAACUUCCUCCUCACAAGAUCCAAAACAAGGAGAACAACAAGGAGAAGGAGAAGGAGAAAAACAACAACAACAACAAGGAAAUGAAACUGCUGCUAAAGCUGGUAAUGAGGAUUCCACAACUCCAUCCACAGAGGGUUGUAGUUAUGUGGCCGUCCCUCUGCAGGAGGUAUUGCGAUUAUCUACAGAUGCCAUUACAGUUAUUGCCACCACUGCCCUGCUGCAGCGUAAAGAACUCAGUCAAAUCCCAAUCUCCACAGUUGAGCUGCAGCGGCCGCCCACGCCACUACCACCGAAGCCGGAGCCGCGGCCGGAACUUCAGCCGCUUUAUGAUGCCCGCGCGGCCAUGCAACUCGCCGAGGAGGCCGCCGCUGAGGAAGAUGGAGAGGGCAAUGGAGAAGAAUAA